AUGGAAACAUUAAUUUGGCUAUGGAGCUUUGAUAGAAGAUGGAUGUUUGGGAUUCCCUGCACAAGAAUUUACUGGUGGCUUAUAGUACUUUUUCAGCUAUGCUUCCUUGCCCUUAGUUUUAACAUGAGCUCAACUGGCUGUGAAGUUACGAUCUGGAUAAGAGGUCGAUAUCUAAUAUCCUUACUCACCCUUUUAAAAUAUAAAUUUACUUUUUUAAAUUUUUAAAUCUGAAAAUUUAUUUUAACAAUGAGGAGUUAGCAAUAAUUAUUUCUGCAACUUUAACAGCCACAAUUGUGAAAACAGAUAAAGUGACUCAAGAAAGCAGCCUUUCUAUGUCAUUUCCAGGACUACUGACCCUUUUAUUUGGGAUUUUAAGUUUAGGAUGGGCAGGAUUUAUCUAUAUGUACCCUCCCUCGAACUGUGAAGAAGACUUUACAUACUUUAUGAACUUAGAAACCUUGCUUUAUUUCUUAACUCUCCUCCCUAUCCUUAUAACUAUAACUGGAAUGGUUCUCAUAAAGCUUAUCGUUAUAAUUUUGGCAUUGGCUUUUCCAUCACUUUUCUUUGAAGCACGUAUAAAAUCACGAUAA